ACUGUGCUUCAUGCAACUCUGCAUGGGACACAUAGGUUCUUUAGGUGGUGAUCGCUCGCCAUCUGUCCAUGGAUACUCAAGUACGUGGCAUGUCUUCCUAGAACUCUCCCUAUAUAUAUUGAAGUGCGAUGCCAUAUCUCCUCGAUGAAAAAAGAAGUUGCCAAAAAAGACUAGAAAGACACCAGAAGCCCAGAAGGGUGUUGAAGAGAGGGUUUAGAAGGCUAGACUAUGGCGAGUGCAAAAGCGAUGGCACAGGAGAAGCAAGAUCACUUUGUUCUGAAGAGCGGGCAUACCAUCCCAGCCGUUGGGUUAGGCACUUGGAGGGCCGGCUCAGAUACUGCUCACUCCGUUCAGACAGCCAUCACCGAGGCUGGAUACAGGCAUGUGGACACAGCUGCUGAAUAUGGAAUAGAAAAGGAGGUCGGCAAAGGACUUAAAGCUGCAAUGGAAACUGGAAUCAGCAGGAAAGAUUUGUUUGUAACGUCAAAAAUAUGGUGCACAAACUUGGUUCCGGACAGGGUGCGGCCAGCAUUGGAGAACACACUCAAGGAUUUGCAGUUGGAUUACAUCGAUCUUUACCUUAUCCAUUGGCCGUUCCGACUAAAAGACGGUGCACACAAGCCUCCAGAAGCUGGGGAAGUGCUGGAAUUUGACAUGGAGAGCGUAUGGAAGGAAAUGGAAAACCUUGUGAAAGAUGGACUAGUCAAGGACAUUGGUGUUUGCAACUACACAGUGGCCAAGCUCAACCGGCUGCUACGGUCUGCAAAUGUUACACCGGCAGUAUGCCAGAUGGAGAUGCACCCUGGUUGGAAGAACGAUAAGAUCUUUGAGGCCUGCAAGAAGAACGGAAUUCAUGUUACUGCUUACUCCCCAUUGGGUUCUUCAGAGAAGAACCUUGCUCAUGACCCGGUUGUCGACAAGGUAGCGAAGAAACUGAACAAAACCCCAGGGCAGGUGCUCAUUAAGUGGGCUCUCCAAAGGGGAACAAGUGUUAUUCCCAAAUCAAGUAAAGAUGAGAGGAUCAAGGAGAAUAUUCAGGUGUUUGGAUGGGAGAUACCAGAAGAGGACUUCCAGGUUCUGUGCAGCAUCAAAGAUGAGAAGCGUGUCCUGACCGGAGAGGAGCUCUUCGUGAACAAGACCCACGGGCCGUACAAGAGUGCAUCCGAUAUCUGGGAUCACGAAAACUAAAGUUCCCCGAGAAAGACGACUGAAAUAAAACGGAUGCCGAAGAAGUAAAGAUUAGGUGCCGGGAAGGAACCAGCAUGAUCUUUCCAUUGCUCUGUAAACGCCGUUGCGUAAAAUAAUAAAAUAAAGAAAAAACGGGACUACGGUUUUUGCCGUGGCCACUUCUUCCUA